UACCGUUCUUUUUAUGAGAAAGGUACCAAAAAUUCCAUGCGAAGAUGUAUGUUAUAGUUAUUAGCAUCAUUACGAUUUAAUGAAGUAUGUCUUAAUAAGACGAUUAUUUAUUGACCAGAGAGUAGCUUUUCCUGUAGCAGCUUACAGCGAAUUCAGUAGAAUCAAAUAUCGUAAUGCUUCCUUUUAUCUACACAAUAUUAGCUGGUCAACUAGUUGUUACCUAUACUCUAAAUAAGGAUAUGCCACAAUACUAACCAUCGAUCACUGAUCAACAG